GGCCUAGCAUUCCAUCCAAUCAGAGGUGCUGGGGCAGGGCCCGGCCCAUUGUUUAUCCAGGCACAGAGUGGGUCGCAUUCCUGUCCUCACCUUUGUCCCUGCGCAGCCUGUGGUUGGUAUCCGCUGUAUCCAUCCCCGAGAGGGACCUGGUGCCUCUACCCAGGUUUCUGUCGCUCUGUCUCCUGCGCUAUGCCCUGCUGUAGUCACAGGAGCUGUAGAGAGGACCCCAGGACAUCUGAAAGCCAGGAAAUGGACCCAGUGGCCUUUGAGGAUGUGGCUGUGAACUUCACCCAGGAGGAAUGGGCUUUGCUGGAUAUUUCCCAGAGGAAACUCUACAGGGAAGUGAUGCUGGAAACUUUCAGGAACCUGACCUCUAUAGGGAAAAAGUGGAAAGACCAGAACAUUGAAUAUGAGUACCAAAACCCCAGGAGAAACUUCAGGAGUAUCAUAGAAGGGAAUGUCAAUGAAAUUAAAGAAGACAGACAUUGUGGAGAAACUUUUACCCAGGUUCUAGAUGACAGGCUGAACUUCCAGAAGAAGAAAGCUUCUCCUGAAGUAAAAUCAUGUGAUAACUUUGUGUGUGGAGAAGUUGGCAUAGGUGACUCAUCUUUUAAUAUGAACAUCAGAGGUGACACUGGACACAAGGCAUGUGAAUAUCAGGACUAUGCACCAAAGCCAUAUAAGUGUCAACAACCUAAGAAAGCCUUCACAUAUCGCCCCUCCUUUAGAACACAAGAAAGGAAUCACACCGGAGAGAACCCCUAUGCCUGUAAAGAAUGUGGAAAAACCUUUAUUUCCCAUUCAGGCAUUCAAAGACACAUGGUAAUGCACAGUGACGAUGGACCUUAUAAAUAUAAGUUUUGUGGGAAAGCCUUCCAUUGUCUCAGAUUGUAUCUUAUCCAUGAAAGAACUCACACUGGAGAGAAACCGUAUGAAUGUAAACAAUGUGGUAAAUCCUUUAGUUAUUCUGCUACCCUUCGAAUACAUGAAAGAACUCACACUGGAGAAAAGCCUUAUGAGUGUCAGCAAUGUGGGAAAGCAUUCCAUAGUUCCAGUUCCUUUCAAGCACAUAAAAGAACCCACACUGGGGCAAAGCCAUAUGAAUGUAAACAAUGUGGCAAAUCCUUCAGCUGGUGUCAUUCCUUUCAAAUACAUGAAAGAACUCACAUUGGGGAGAAGCCCUAUGAAUGUAGCAAAUGUAAUAAAGCAUUCCAUAGUCACAGAUCCUAUCUUAGAUAUAAAAGGAGUCACAGGGGAGAGAAGCCUUAUCAAUGUAAGGAAUGUAGAAAAGCAUUCACGUAUCCCAGUUCCCUUCGUAGACAUGAAAGGACCCACUCUGCGAAAAAACCUUAUGAAUGUAAGCAGUGUGGGAAAGCAUUAUCUUAUAAGUUUUCAAACACACCUAAGAAUGCACUCUGGAGAAAGACCUUAUAAAUGUAAGAUAUGUGGGAAAGGCAUUUAUUCCGCCAAGUCAUUUCAAAGACAUGAAAAAACUCACAGUGGAGAGAAACCCUAUAAAUGCAAGCAAUGUGGUAAAGCCUUCAAUCGUUCCAGUUCCUUUCAAUAUCAUGAAAGGACUCACACUGGAGAGAAACUCUAUGAGUGUAAGCAAUGUGGGAAAGCCUUCAGAUCUGCCUCAC